GAAGAGAGCCAGGGAGAGGCAGGAGAGGGCUGGCUGUAGCCUAGUCCCAAAGGAAGGUCCUUGUUGCUCUUCCUUCCUUCAGAGGAGGAGGACUUGACCUUUCCUCUCUCAGACCCUGAGGCUGGGCACCCAUUCCUCCCCAGAGAGCAGCCUUUGGAGGAGAAGCCCUGGGACGCGAUGGGGCUGGCACUGGGGCUGGCACUCCUGGCCUGCCUCCUGGGCAUGGGUGAAUCUCCGUUGUUGAGACUCUACUGUGCUGAUGGAGAAUAUGCUUAUGUGGGUCAGCUUUGUUGCAAAUAUUGCCCUGCAGGUACCUAUGUGGGUGAACCCUGCACUAUUCCACAUACUUUGGGGCGCUGUAUAUCUUGCACAGAAGGAGUAGACUACACUAAACAUCCAAAUGGCCUUAAUCGAUGCUUACCUUGUGACAAAUGCAAACCUGGUAUAGUAUGAAUUUGUGACUUGUUCUUAAGGCGUCUGUUUUCUGGUUUUUAAAAGCUCCACCAUGUUCUCUUGAUGCAUUCUGUUACUUUGUGUUUUUCUAACAUUAAUCCAGAGCUGGGGAAUCUAUUCUCCCCUGCCCAAGGCUGCAUUCCCUUAAGCAUAGUCUGUUGUGGGGCAUGCUGGCAAAGGGUGGGGCCAAAGUCACAAAAUAUUAGGGUUUUCUUUCUCAUAAUUCCUUCUCCUCUUUCC